AAAAUAUGGCAGCAACUAAUGGAAUCAGCUGAUUGUGGAACCUAUAUUUUUACAGCUGACUUUAAUUUUAUUUAUUUGGGAUAUUCUAAUUUAGCUCGUAGGCAAAUAAAAGUUUUAUAAUCGCAGUUUUAUAAAAUAUAAAACUUUUAAUUACCGAAAUGGCACAACUCAUAGUGCUACGUCAGCUGCUGCAUAAGAAUCCCAGCAUAACAUCAACAUUGAAGGUUAAAUGGAGCCGCAUGAUUGCGACGACACAGGCUCCCCUUUACCAAACGCGGAAGGAAGAUCCGAAUGCCAAUCGCACUUUACAAGAAACCACUGGCCCUACUGAUAUAUCGACAAACGUGCGGCCUCUGGGUGAAAAAAUUAAGGAAAACACAAAAACUGCCAGUUAUACAGCGAUAAUUCUGGCUGGGGUUGGGGUGACCGGCAUAGUAUUCUACGCAAUAUUCCGCGAACUUUUUUCCAGUUCUAGUCCGAAUAAUAUUUAUUCCGACGCAUUCGAUCUAGUAAAAGAAGAUCCACGUGUACAGGAUGCACUAGGCGCCCCAAUAAAGGGAUAUGGUGAGGAAUCGCGGCGUGGUCGCAGACAGCGAGUUGCACAUUCAACCUUCGAGCGUAACGGCGUCUUACAUGUACGCAUGCAGUUCUAUGUUCAAGGUAUACGGAACCGAGGCACUGUGCAUUUGGAAUCACGAAAGACACCGUCAGGAAAAAUGGAAUAUCGGUAUUUAUUUGUCCAACUUGAUUACUACCCGCAUACAACGAUAAUAAUUGAAGAUAAUCGCGCUUAUGAUCCGAGUCCGGCGUCAGCAAAAAGCCUUAUCGAUUCUGAAAGUUUGGAUUUCACCUCUUUUCAGAAAAAAUGAUACAAAGUGCCAAUACUUAUGUCGAAUAAUUAAGCGUGAAAAUGGUUAACAAGAAUUUGAAUUUGUGGUUUAAUGCUCAACCACAUAAUAUACACCUAUGUAUAUUAGCAGACAUCGAUUCUCCAACAGUUAGCCAGUGUCGAAACGAACAAACUCGAUGCAGUAUAACCAAAUUCGAUAUCGUCCUUGCUAGCUAACUUUGUUGUUGCUUUCACAGACAAAAUUUGUGGCGAAGUGGCGAAUCGAUGACAGCUAUUAUAAUAUGCGGCAAUAUUUUUUUUUAAAUGCUAAGUUCAAUGUAGUUUGAUUUCACCUAAUUUUAAAUUUGAAUACAUUUUUAACAAUUACGCGUCUCAUGAUAAAUACACUUCAAUUAGAA